AUGGGGGGAUGUGGAUCGAGAGAUAGAGAAAUGAAAGAGAAAAUUGGCUUCCCAUAGAAUGAUUAUGAUUAUGCAAUCAAACAGUUUUCUAAAAUGACUCAAUAAAAACCAGGGUAUUUGCAAAAUAUAUUAAAGGAAAGCAGAUCAAUACUUUAGUUUUGAAGGUUUUAAAGCGUUCUUUACCGAGAACCCUGUUUUCGCCUAAAAAUUAUACAUCUUCAUGAGAAAUUAUGGUGGUUAAAAUUAUGUUGACUUAAAUACAUUCCUAAUAGUCGGUAAUUCACAUUCUUUAAAGCAUAGUUGACCUAUUUACAAGAACUUCGAUGAAAUUAUAGAAUCAAUUGAAGAAUUUGGAUAUCUAAAUAUUAUUUAUUUUGGUAUCGCUUUCUAGUUCUGAGAUUAUGCAGAAGGACUCGUUCAAUUUUAAUAAUGUUUAUAAAAUAUCAAUUAGUUAUUCUAAUGCUGUUAAAUUAUUCAAAGUAAAGCAUGUCAUAAAUUAGGAACUAAUAAAUAUGUAAAGUGAUAAAGGUGAUAUAUUAUGUCAUGAUGAUGAUUAAGCUCCUAUUUUAUUAGUCAAUAAUAUUUUUGAAGGUAAAUGUCUUUAUAUUGUUAGACCACUCGAUUCUUAACUACAAAGCCUUUAUAGAUAAGAUUAAGUAAGAAACUCCUUAGAUAUCCAAGAUUGUGAAGAAUUAUAUAGCAGGUAAGUUCAUUAAUAAGAUACUUAAAAAUAAAUUGCCUAAAUUAGAAUCCAGUGAAUUAAUGAAUAAAUAAUUGAUUGGUAUGAUAUUUAAAUCAUAAUUAUAAAGCUCUUCUUAAUUUGAGUGUUCCUUGGUUUUAUAAAUGUGUUGCUGUAAACCAAGUAUACAAAUAUGAACUGGAAAGUGGAUAAACUUAUAAUUUCAACAUUCUAGGAAAUAGUCUGUUGUAAAUGAAGGGACCAAAUGUUAUUCUGUUUCGCCAUCUCUAAAGAGAUAAAGAUACAGAUAAAAUAGAGAAAUACACUUUUGGCUAUUUUUCAUCUUCUCAAUGGAAGGUGUCCCCUGAUAUUUCAGGGAAUAAGGGCUCAUUCAUAUUUUCUGUUCACCCAAAAUUUAAGAUAUUCACAACAAAUAACUAACAAUAAAGUAAAUUUGCUUUAUUGAUACCUAUCAUUACCAAAAAAUAGAAUCAAACUCUUCAUAAUCAAUUUAAACAAGGACCAAAAUAACCAGGUUUGGGAAUUGGUGGCAGUGGAUAUGAUCAUCACAGAAUUUGGAUUGAUGGAAAAUAAUUAUAAGCAAGCAGAUUGACAAAUGAGGAUAAGACAUAUUAGAGUGGAUCAAUAUUACCAAAUGAUAUUCAUUCAUUGAAUGUAGUUUUUAAUUGUAUUUAUAGAUAGAUUUGAUCGAAAUUUGGGAUUUGUAAUUGAAUACUGCAGCACAAAGCACAUCUUAUUUUAAGUCAACUACUCAUCAGCCUUAUUGUGGUGAAGAGGAAUAAAGAUUCAAUCAAAACUAAUUGAGAGAUGUUCUCCUGACAUUAAAUUAAUAAAGCAGCAAUGAUUAUGUAAUUUUAUGGAUGCAUUAAUUUUUAGAGAAGAGGACCUUAAGAAUAUUAGAUAUCAAAUCCUUUGCUCCCGAUUAGCGAGGAGGAGGAGGAGAAAUAGUAGGGAAAAUGA